GCCCAUUAGAAAGCCAUAUGUCAACAAAAACCGACGCGGUUUAUUAGGUAUAAUCGCGAUUUAUUAGGACCAAUGGUGACUACUCUCCUCUGCCCUAAUUGAUCCUCCUUCUCGCGACUAAAGUCCAGUUAUGUCAUCCGAACCAGAGUACUGCACGCGUGUGUUCUGGGACGUGGUGGAUUUCCCUUUUCCUAAGGGUCUUGCUCCUGAAACGAUUUACCACAGAAUGAAAUCAAUUCUCGAGAAGAUGGGUUGUAUUAACCAUUAUCUGUCAAUCAUGGCUUAUGUCAAUAAUUCGGAAACCUUCCCGGAUAAAACAGCCUAUGAGAAAGCCGGGAUUAACAUCGUUACUCAACCAGGUGAGUUAUUAAUCUCCUCCUGAUAAUAAUAAUGGUUUUUUUUUGGUUAUAAUAAUAAUAAUAAUAAUAAUCCUGCAUGGACGUACGUCAUCGUUUUAUGCUACGGGACAUGGCAUGGUGGGAUGCGGAUUCGGAUUUCCUCCCAAAUUUUGGCAAGAUUACUUUUAUGGUAAUCUUAAGUCAGAUUGAACCGAGUUUACUCGUUUUUGUCGAAGGCCUGAGAAAGGCAGGCUACAAGGUUCGGUUAGCAGUCCCUGAUGAAGAUACCUCCCUAUCAUCAUCACCCAAGCUGCUAGAUAAUACUGUUAGGUUCGAAUCUCUUUACAAAAGCCUAUUACAAGAUGACAUGAUGACACCAAUGACAAGAGAGGUUGUCGUCCCUCCUCUGUUUUAUCCUCCCAUCCAAACCAAUCCCCCGCCUCUAUAUUAUCCUCCCAUCCAAACCACCCUCUCGCCCUCUCCUCCCAAUCCCCAGAUAUACAACAGCCCAGGUGUCUUCUUGGACCUGCCGGAAUCCCUCCUGUUGGCUUCUGAUCCUUAUUGUAUUAGUUUCUAAAUUAGAAGGUACUUGUGUUUCGAUGAUGAGUUCUCAAUCAUGGCUUAUGUUGUUGAUACCGUAACCUCCUUCCCGGAAGGAUGGGUUGAUGCUUUUACAAGUCUCGGAAUCACCAUCAUUCCCCGACAAGCGGAACUAGGUGCUCGAGCUCAUAAAAUGUCACUGGACAUUGUUUUGUGGGCGUUGGAUAAUACUGCCACCUAUUUCCAACCAAGAGAUUUGUUUGUUUUCUCUGGAAAUGUCAAAGCAGGAACAGAUUUCUACAAUGCUCUUGAAGCUUUGCGUGAUAGAUAUUACAAUGUUCGUGUAGUACCUCAUCUCGAAACGUGUUGGCCUCAUCCCCAUCACCAAAUGUCUUUAGACCAUUGGCCGAAAGAGGUGGUUGUUGGUUUUUCCCAUGGAGUAGCUUCUUUGUCUAAGCAAAAUUUAAAAGUGUGCGGGGUAUUCGUCUUCUGGGAUGUCCAGGGUUGCCCAACCGAUUUAUCGGUUAUCCUCCAAGCUCUUCGCAAAAAAGGUUAUCGUGGCAAGGUGCUUUUAAUUCCUUACCUUGACAUGGAUUAUCAAGGAGAUGAGCUCUUUACGUAUGAUGGCUAUGCCUGUGUUCCCAGUAUCAAAGUCCAAGGGGAUAAAUACACAAAAGUUGCUAGGAUGUUGUUGGAUAUACUUUUCUGGGCAAUGAACCAUGAUAAUCAUGCACGAAAUUUGAUGCUUAUCUCACAGCCUUCAAAAGACAUCGACAUUUUUGUUCAAGCCUUGGAACGCAGAUUUUUCAAUGUUAUCUUUAAACCCUCCCAUGAGGUCGCCAUUGACCACCGCUUCGAGUCGCUUUGUAAAAGCCCACCACACCCUAACUCCCAGACCCCCCUAAAGUCACCAUGUCGGACGCUCACCGACUUGAGCCGAGAGCGCAAAUCGUGUCCGGUCCGCAUCUCCUGGUUGGUAGACACUUGCCCAUCUAAGCCAUCUGAUUUUUGUAACUUAUUCAGUUCAACUCUUGAGCUUAAAGGGUAUGGUGGUUUUGAGUCAGUGACAGCCUAUGUUGAAAAGGGAAAGACUUCUGAUGAAGUGAUCAAGGUCUGCACGAAGUCAGGACUUCAGGUGAGACUCACACCUGAUGGUGACGAAUUCGGGAAAUUCAAUUUGAUGGUAACGGACAUGAUUAACUGGACAUAUGCUUGUGGGCCCUAUAACUUUUUGGUUAUCUCCUCCAAACCCUUUAGAGAUGUCUUGUGCGACAGUGUCUUUGAAGAUCUUAAAAGCAGAGGAUGCAAUGUUCUCUUUGAGACGGUUGAUUACAUGCUCACGUUUGGAAGCACUCUAUGGUCUGCAAAAAGCUUAUCAGAUGCAAGUUUCAGCGACAGCUCACAAGCGCUUGCUUAGGUAGCAUUGACACUUCAUUUUAGCUAAGAGCAUGUUCAAUGGGGAACCCCUAAUUGGGUUCUUAAUGAAUAUUUAAGUAAUAAACUUAAAUUAAGAACUUUUGUUAAGAGACAAUGAUUUUGAAUGCUCCAAUGGUAAAACCUAAUUAAGGGUUCUUAAAA